UCUCCCAAGAUUUCAUCGCCGAUCCCUCACCCACCCGUCAUCGUCAUCGUCAUCGUCAUCGUCACCGUCACCGUCACACCUAGUGAAAUCCCCUCUUUACCCCCACUCACAUUUCCUAGUAAGCCUGUCUCUUUACUCUAUAGAUCAUAAUAGUAAUAAUAAUCAUAGAAGUGACGCAUUUUGCAUAUUCCAUGCAUCCUUUCUUUUUUGUGACGGGCCAUUAAAAUUCCAUGGGGAAUAGAAAACGGCCUCUAACUUCUCGUACCAAACCCCCUCCGCCACCGUCUGCGGCGGUGCCCACUGUGGCUUCCGAUGAAACCUACCUCUAUCCUUCUCCUAAUUUGGUUUCUACAGAAUCGGACGGUUCUUCAGCAAUCAAGCACGAAUGUGACCGCGCCUUGAAUGCUCUCCGUCGUGGAAACCACACAAAAGCCCUACGUAUCAUGAAGGAUUCAUGCGCUAAACACGGCGGCGACGCCUUAAUCCACCGUGUUCAUAGUACGGUGUGUGUUAAAGUUGCUUCAAUAAUUGACGACCCUAACAGUAAGCAGCGGUAUUUAAAGAACGCAAUUGAAGCUGCUCGUAGAGCCGCGGAAUUGUCUCCGAAUUCGAUCGAGUUCGCUCAUUUCUAUGCGAAUUUACUGUAUGAGGCAGCGAAUGAUGGGAAAGAGUAUGAAGAGGUAAUGAAAGAGUGUGACCGUGCUUUGAAAAUUGAGAAUCCGAUUGAUCCUGCGAAGGAGAGUUUGCAAGAAGAGAGUCAGCAGAAGAUAGCUACUGCGGAAGGGAGGAUUGCACAUGUGCAAGGUGAGUUGAAAAAUUUGCAGCAGAAGUCGAACAUUGCUUCGAUUUCUACUUGGAUGAAGAAUUUGGGGACUGGUGAGGAGAUUAGGUUAAUACCUAUACGAAGAGCUACUGAAGAUCCAAUGGAAGUUAGGUUGGUGCAAACAAGGCGGCCAAAUGAGAUUAAGAAGGCUACUAAGACACAGGAAGAGAAGAGGAAAGAAAUUGAAGUUAGGGUUGCUGCUGCGAGGUUGUUGCAGAAGUCGGAGAUAGGUUUGGGAAAGCGUGAGGGAGAGAUGAGUGAUAAAGGAGUGGAGGUAACGCCUUGGAGUGAUAGGAGAGGAGAGAGGAGGAAGAAUGGGAGUAAUGCAAGGAAGAAUGGGACUAACACUGAGAGAAAGGAUCGGGUUCAGUCCUAUUGGAAUUCGAUGAGCUUGGAAAUGAAGAGGGAUUUGUUGAAAAUUAAGGUCAGUGAUUUGAAGAGUUAUUAUGUGUCAUCAAAGAAUGGAUUGGCGAAUGAUGUUUUGAAUGAGGCGUUGGCUUGCAGCGAGGAGAAUAAGAGCUGGAGGUUUUGGUUGUGUUGUCGAUGCAAUGAAAAGUUUGCGGACUCAGAUAGUCAUUUGCAUCAUGUUGUGCAAGAGCACAUGAGGAGUCUUAUGCCGAAGAUGCAGGAGGUUUUGCCACAGAGUCCUGACAAUGAAUGGAUUGAAAUGAUUAACAGUUGUUCCUGGAAACCAUUAGACAUUUCCACCGCGGUUAAGAUGCUUUGGAAUCGAGGGAAAUGUCAGAAUGGAGAACUUGUUGAGGAUAUUUGCUCAGAGAACCAUAAUGAGGACGGUGAUGGUUGUUUCGAAGACGCAUGGGAUUCUUCUCCAGAGAAGGAAAAUUUGAGGGAUGGUUGUAUUAGUUGUCCUGUGAGCAGCAGCGACUCCGGUAAAGUUUACAGUAUUAAAGGUAAAGAAUUUGAUGGGAACCAGCUGUCUAUUGCAUGCACUAUUGAGAGCUGGCCUAUUUCAGAGGAUUCUGAGCGAGCAAAGCUCCUUGAAAAAAUUCAUGAUGUAUUUCAGGCACUUAUUAGACAUAAAUAUCUUGCUGCCAGCCAUCUUAAGAAGGUCAUACAAUUUACAGUGGAUGAGCUACAGAGUCUUGCUACUGGUUCUCAACUUCUGAACCAUGGUGUGGGCCAGACACCUAUGUGCAUUUGCUUUCUGGGAGCAUUCCAGCUCAAAAAGAUCCUCAAAUUCUUACAGGAACUAUCUCAUUCUUGUGGUUUAGGCAUGUCUCCUGAGAAAAGUAGCGUUGUAGAUGACAUGAAUACUGGUGCUAAAGGUCCUGAAAUAAAAGAGAAUAUUGUUCUUAAUGAUGAUGCAUCUUGUCUCUACUUGGAUAAAUGUUUAUUGCCGUUGGAAUACGCUCCAAGAACAUGUCCUGAUGAUGAUGUCACCACAGCAACUUCAACUAUUGUUGGCAAUGGAGAUGGGGUUCUACCUGCUGUUGAUACUUUACUAUCAUGGAUAUUUGCAGGCCUUUCUAGCGGAGAGCAAUUACAAUCAUGGAUCCGUACAAAAGAAGAGAGAAUGAAUCAAGGGAUGGAAAUUCUCCAGACGCUUGAGAAGGAGUUUUACCAUCUGCAGAGCCUUUAUGAGAGGAAAUGUGAACAUUUAAGCUAUGAGCAAGCAUUGCAGGCUGUGGAGGAUCUCUGUCUUGAAGAAGGUAAGAAGAGGGAAACUGACACGCUCUUUGAACUUAGAAGCUAUGAUUCUGUUCUUAGGCAGCGGAGAGAGAAGCUUGUUGAGAAUGAGCAUGAUGCUAUGUUCUUUAGCAGUAGAUUUGAGUUAGAUGCUAUAUCAAAUGUGUUAAAAGAAGCAGAUACUCUGAAUGUCAAUCAAUAUGGGUUCGAGGAUACUUAUGGUGGUAUAACUUCUCAGUUUUGUGACUUGAAAUCUGGUGAAGAUGGUAAUUGGAGAACCAAGGACCAAAUGCAUCACGUGGAAACUUUCAUAGAAAUUGCUAUCCAGAGACAGAAAGAACAGUUGUCAAUAGAGCUCAGCAAAAUUGAUGCCCAAAUCUUGCGGAUUGUUGCUGGAAUGCAACAGUUGGAACUCAAGCUCGAGUCAGUUUCUGCCCUUGAUUAUCGAUCAAUCUUGCCACCUCUAGUGAAGUCAUACAUGAGGGCACACUUGGAGGAUCUAGCUGAGAAGGAUGCCACAGAGAAGUCUAAUGCUGCAGGAGAAGCAUUUUUGGCGGAGCUUGCCCUUGAUUCCAAGAAGGGUACCCAAGGAAGAAGUGAUAUUUCAAGAAAUACAUUGGAGAAGGGGAAGGAUAGGAGAAAGAACAAAGAGUAUAAGAAAACCAAGGAAUUGAAGGUUGCUGCUGCUAGCGAGCAGCACUUGCUUCAAGAUGUGACUAAUGAAAGGGGUUCCUUUCCAGUUGCAUCUGAUGGUGACUAUCCAGAUUCUCAGUGUCAUCUUUCCAGAAAUGAUGAUGACUUGAGACAACAGGAGGAAGAAUUUAGAUGGAAAAUUGAGAUUGAAGAGGAGGAAAGAAUGCUCGAAGAAUCUUUAGAGUAUCAAAGACGAAUAGAGAAUGAGGCCAAACUGAAACAUCUUGCUGAGAAACAGUACAAAAAAUCUCAUAUAACUCUUCCAGAGAAGUUGUCUGGGGGAAUAUGCAAUAUUUGCUUUGAUCCUGCUGCUGAUUCCUGUGAGCCAUUGGAACAGUUGACGCAGAAGAGUGGGUUCCCCAACAAUUUAGUAGGCAUGCCUAUGACAACUGCCAGUGAGCAAUCUACCGGAGGAAAUGUGGAGGGUGGUCCUUCUGAUCGAUGGUCAGAUAGGAAAAGUAGGAGGCAGAAAAGCUCUGCUAAAUAUGAUGGAAAAAAUCAACCCAUGUCAUGUGAAAUGGAAAAUAUUGAAGUUGGAAGCAUUACUCCAAAUUUGGGAGACAGUGCGACCAAGACUCUGAGACAGUUACAAGUAGAGGAGGAUGAUGAGGAAAGGUUUCAAGCUGACCUUGAAAGAGCCGUGCGCCAAAGCCUUGUUGCAACUGAAAAUGUGGAUGGAACUGAUGUAUUUGGCACUGGCUUGAAGAAUGAUAUUGGUGAAUACAAUUGCUUCCUGAAUGUUAUCAUACAGUCCUUGUGGCAUUUAAGGCGAUUUCGAGAUGAGUUCUUGAGUAGAUCAAAAUCAGAGCAUGUUCAUGUGGGAGAUCCAUGUGUUGUCUGUGCAUUGUAUGAUAUUCUUACUGCUAUCAGCAUGGCAUCCACAGAUACACGAAGGGAAGCGGUUGCGCCUACAUCCCUCAGGAUAGCUUUGAGCAAUUUGUAUCCGAACAGUAAUUUCUUCCAGGAGGGUCAGAUGAAUGAUGCAUCUGAAGUAUUGGCUGUAAUAUUUGAUUGCCUUCAUCGAGCAUUUACCACUGGUUUGCAUGGCUCUGAUUCUGAAUCAGUGGAAUGUAGUGGCAUGGAAUCUUGGGAAUGUACAAAAAAGAAUGCUUGUAUAGUGCACUCUCUUUUUGGAAUGGACAUUUCAGAACAAAUGAAUUGCCAGAGUUGUGGUGUGGAGUCCAGACAUUUGAAGUACAAUGCUUUCUUUCAUAAUAUAAAUGCCACUGCCCUCCGAGCAAUGAAGGUCAUGUGUGUUGAAAGCUGUUUUGAUGAACUUUUAAAUCUUGUUGAAAUGAAUCACCUGUUAACUUGUGAUCCCGAGGCUGGUGGUUGUGGGAAGCCCAAUUACAUCAAUCACAUUAAGACAACUCCACCACAUGUUUUUACAACAGUUCUGGGCUGGAGAAAAACCUGUGAAAGCAUUGAUGAUAUAAAGGCAACAUUGGCUGCUCUAAGUACUGAGAUAGAUAUCAGUGUUUUUUAUCAUGGUCUGGAUCUGGAGAACAUACGUAGCUUGGUUUCAGUGGUGUGCUACUAUGGGCAACAUUAUCAUUGCUUCGCCUAUAGUCACGAUCACAGUCAGUGGAUUAUGUAUGAUGACAAGACUGUCAAGGUAAUUGGUAGCUGGACCGAUGUUCUUAUCAUGUGUGAAAAAGGACACUUGCAACCUCAAGUUCUGUUCUUUGAAGCUGGAAACUAGUGUUUAAAGAAGAAUUUGAGGAAUUAUUUCUUGAACCACAGAGUAUCAAGUUCACCAUGGCUUGACAUUUUUGUUGUUUAUAGUGAUGUUUUGCUACAUCGACCCAAUACAUCAGCAGUGGUAUUGAAAGCAUUAAAUUUUGACACAUAAGAGAAUGGUGACGUAUAAUCCAGAGUUUUAUGAUACAAUCAGGCGGUUUUGUAGGAGAAGCUUCAUUUGCGGAGGGAAGACCAUGAAUCAAGAGACAACUUGAUGAAUCAAAUAACAGAGGAGCUUGAAGGUUGCUUUUUGGCACCCUUGGAUCUGAGAAGUUUCUGCCCAUGGAAUUCUCUCUCUCCCUGAUCUUACCUGGAGGGUGACUUGGUAUAGAAAAAACAGUAAUUGCUUGGAGCGCAUGCAUUGAAGGAGCGUAUGUGUAGUGGCAAAUACUGUCCAGUUGCAGGCAGAAACAUAUGCUGUAAAGGUUGAAAGGGGGGAAUUUUGUUAAUGAGGUUCAAACUUUAAGAAAAUAUAACCCCCCAUAUGAAGAGUUUAUGUAUAGAUCACUUCAAGGUCUUCAUCUCCAAAUCUGCAGCUUAUGGUUAUGUUUAUGACUGCUCGCUUGCUAUUUAAUCUGAUGGGGAAAAAACAUGCCUUUCCUACUUUCACUUACCGAAGUCAUAUGAUUCUGCAGUA